UAAGAAUCCGAUAUGAAUUUUCCGGUUCGGAUCAUUGAACCAUCCGGAUUGUAUUAGAUCCGAAACCCAUAUACAUGAAAUGGCAAAAUUCAAUAUGAGUUUCCAGAUUUUGACGUAGUUGUAGAGCAGUUGUUUUUAUUUGAAGCAAAACCAAAACCAACAAUUUCCGGCCCUUUCUCUCUUUGUUGCUUUCUCUCUCUGGAACUUGGAUCCGGAGCCAUCGUAACAAGGCGUUGAACAGGUCUCGAUUUUCAAUCAAAAUUCUCAGGGGAGGGACUGAGAGACUUAAGAGUCUGAUCGGAAUCAAUGGCGUCGGAGGACUUGAUGUCCGGCGCUGGGGCACGCUACAUUCAAAUGCAAUCGGAGCCGAUGCCGUCGACGAUAUCGUCGUUCUUCAGCUUCCGCCAGAGCCCGGAGUCAACUCGGAUUUUCGACGAGUUGCCCAAGGCCACAAUCGUGUUCGUCUCUCGGCCCGAUGCCAGCGACAUCAGCCCCGCGCUGUUAACUUACACCAUUGAAUUCCGAUAUAAACAGUUCAAGUGGCGGUUAAUAAAGAAAGCUUCACAAGUAUUCUUUUUACACUUUGCGUUAAAAAAACGAGUAAUUAUCGAGGAAAUUCAAGAGAAGCAAGAGCAGGUUAAAGAAUGGCUUCAAAACAUAGGAAUAGGAGAGCACACAGCAGUCGUGCAUGAUGAUGAUGAACCUGAUGAGGAAACUGUUCCUUUACAUCAUGAUGAAAGUGUUAAAAACAGAGAUAUUCCAUCUAGUGCUGCUCUGCCAAUCAUUCGGCCAGCCCUGGGAAGGCAGAAUUCUGUUUCUGAUAGAGCAAAGGUUGCAAUGCAAGGGUAUCUUAAUCUAUUUCUUGGAAAUUUGGAUAUAGUAAACUCCCGAGAGGUUUGCAAAUUUUUGGAGGUUUCGAAGUUAUCAUUUUCUCCGGAAUAUGGCCCAAAGCUGAAAGAAGAUUAUGUGAUGGUCAAGCAUUUACCAAAAAUUCCAAAGGAAGACGAUACUAGAAAAUGUUGCCCAUGUCCUUGGUUCAGUUGUUGCAAUGACAAUUGGCAAAAGGUGUGGGCUGUAUUGAAACCUGGAUUCUUGGCCUUGCUGGAAGAUCCUUUUCAUCCUCAGCCUUUAGAUAUUAUUGUUUUUGAUCUGCUACCUGCCUCAGAUGGAAAUGGGGAGGGCCGGCUAUCAUUAGCAAAAGAAAUAAAGGAAAGGAACCCUUUACGCCAUUCAUUAAAGGUGACAUGCGGAAACCGGAGCAUAAGGUUAAGAGCUAAGAGUAGUGCUAAAGUUAAAGACUGGGUUGCUGCAAUUAAUGAUGCUGGACUUAGGCCUCCUGAGGGCUGGUGUCAUCCUCACCGCUUUGGCUCUUUUGCACCUCCAAGGGGUUUGAGUGAAGAUGGUAGUCUAGCUCAAUGGUUUGUCGAUGGUCGAGCGGCAUUUGAAGCGAUUGCCUCCGCAAUUGAGGAAGCAAAAUCAGAGAUAUUUAUUUGUGGCUGGUGGGUGUGCCCAGAACUGUAUCUGAGGCGUCCAUUUCACUCUCAUGCUUCUUCUCGGCUUGAUGCUUUACUGGAAGCAAAAGCUAAGCAAGGUGUUCAGAUUUACAUUCUUCUCUACAAAGAGGUUGCUCUUGCUUUGAAAAUCAACAGUGUCUACAGUAAAAGAAAGCUUCUUAGCAUUCAUGAGAAUGUGAGAGUACUGCGAUAUCCUGAUCAUUUCUCAACUGGCGUUUAUCUGUGGUCCCACCAUGAAAAACUUGUCAUUGUUGAUUACCAGAUUUGCUUUAUUGGAGGUCUGGAUCUAUGCUUUGGCCGUUAUGACACAUUGGAACACAAAGUAGGUGAUCACCCUCCUUUGAUGUGGCCAGGAAAAGACUAUUACAACCCAAGGGAAUCUGAACCAAAUUCUUGGGAAGAUACAAUGAAAGAUGAAUUGGAUCGUGGAAAAUAUCCUCGUAUGCCAUGGCAUGACGUCCAUUGUGCCCUAUGGGGACCGCCUUGUCGUGAUGUAGCUAGGCACUUUGUUCAGCGUUGGAACUAUGCAAAGAGAAAUAAAGCUCCAAAUGAGCAAGCAAUUCCACUACUUAUGCCUCAGCAGCACAUGGUCAUUCCACAUUACAUGGGAAGGAGCAGAGAGAUGGAGGUUGAAAAGAAGAAUGUUGAAAACAACCAUAAAGACAUUAAAAAACUGGAUUCCUUUUCCUCUCGGUCAUCUUUCCAAGAUAUCCCACUGCUUUUGCCUCAAGAGCCUGAUGGAUUGGAUUCUCCCCAUGGAGAAUCAAAAUUGAAUGGGUUUGACUCCUCUAGUAAUCUCCUUGAUCAGCCAACUAGGGUCAGCAGAAGUCUUUCUUUCUCUUUUCGCAAGUCCAAAGUUGAACCAGUCCCAGAUAUGCCAAUGAAAGGUUUCGUAGAUGACCUUGAUACCUUGGAUCUGAAAGGAAAAAUGUCUUCAGAUAUAAUGGCACAGCCUGGAAUGAGAACGUGUGAUAGAGAGUGGUGGGAAACACAAGAGCGGGGGAAUCAAGUUCUUUCUGCUGAUGAAACUGGACAAGUUGGUCCUUGCGUUCCAUGUCGUUGUCAGGUUAUUAGGAGCGUCAGUCAGUGGUCUGCUGGAACAAGCCAAGUUGAAGACAGCACUCAUAAUGCUUAUUGCUCCCUUAUAGAAAAGGCAGAACACUUUAUAUAUAUUGAGAAUCAAUUUUUCAUAUCAGGUCUUUCAGGUGAUGAGAUAAUACGCAAUCGAGUAUUAGAAGUGUUAUACAGGCGUAUUAUGCAAGCAUACAAUGAUAAGAAGUGUUUCAGAGUUAUUAUUGUCAUACCACUCCUACCUGGCUUCCAGGGUGGUUUGGAUGAUGGUGGGGCGGCAUCUGUAAGAGCCAUAAUGCAUUGGCAGUAUCGAACUAUAUGCCGAGGAAAUAAUUCAAUAUUACAAAAUCUUUAUGAUGUUAUUGGUCAUAAAACACAUGAUUACAUUUCUUUCUAUGGUCUCAGAGCUUAUGGUAGACUUUUUGAUGGAGGUCCUGUGGCCUCUAGUCAGGUGUAUGUGCAUAGCAAAAUCAUGAUAGUUGAUGACUGCACAACCUUGAUUGGAUCCGCUAACAUUAAUGAUAGGAGUUUGCUUGGAUCAAGAGAUUCUGAGAUUGGCGUGCUCAUUGAAGACAAGGAAUUGGUUGAUUCAUAUAUGGGAGGAAAACCAAGGAAGGCUGGCAAAUUUGCUCAUAGUCUCCGCCUCUCACUGUGGUCAGAACACCUUGGUCUUCGAGGAGGAGAGAUUGAUCAAAUAAAAGAUCCAGUUGUUGAUUCAACUUACAGAGAUGUGUGGAUGGCAACUGCAAAGACGAAUUCCACAAUCUACCAAGAUGUCUUUUCUUGCAUCCCAAACGAUCUCAUACAUUCUAGAGCUGCAAUGAGACAACAUAUGGCCAUCUGGAAGGAGAAACUUGGCCACACCACCAUUGAUUUAGGAAUAGCCCCUAUGAGGCUAGAAUCCUAUGACAAUGGAGACAUCAAGACAAUCGAACCCAUGGAAAGAUUAGAGUCGGUGAAGGGUCAUCUUGUUUAUUUCCCCUUAGAUUUCAUGUGCAAAGAAGAUUUAAGACCUGUGUUCAAUGAGAGCGAGUACUAUGCCUCUCCUCAAGUCUUUCACUGAGUUUUUUCCUACACACUAAUUAAAGAGUUUCACGGCAGAUGGGGUCCCUGCCCUUCACGUUGUAGCUGUACCUCCCCGGAUAUAAUACUCAAAAGACACAGCAUGUUAUCCUGAGAUCCAUCAUUUUCUCGGUCAUGUGAAGUGAAGAUUUCAGGUUCAUGACAGACACGGCUCCCCCAAUGUUGUAAGUAUUUGUUAGCAUGAAUACAAAAAAUGAUAGAGAGAAGGUCCAAUGUGGCUGAUAAUUAAUCCCCCACUUGGGGUUAAUGUAUUUUAGGUCAAUCAUUUAUCGUCAGUUGUAUAAAACUUCAUGAAAGUAGUUGCUUCGGUGAAUCUCUUUUCCUGCAUCCGGAAGCAACGUUUGUGUCUCCAAAAUCACUUAUUGCUUUACCUUUGGAGGCUUUGCAGGUACACUGUAAAAUUCAGGAUGAUAUUUCUCCAUAAAAUGUUUGUUUUGGUAUAGCAUCA